AAACAGCCCAUAUAUAUCUAGGAAUGCCAAAAUUCGAAAUGUUUUUGAACAAAUUCAAACCUCUCUUCUCACCGCUAAAAUUUCCACAAACACUCUCUUCGUCUUCCAAAACCUCUCAACUUUCUCUCUUCAUCCUCAACAAAUCAACAAUGUCUGCAAAAUCGAAGAGAAAAGACGACGCUUCCGACGCCGAUUCCGACGGAAACGCUCCUCCUAAGAAGUCCGCUAAACACAACGAUGAAGAUGGCAUCCUCGUUUGCGAGCUUUCGAAGUCUCGGAGGGUAACUGUGAGGAGUUGGCAAGGAAAAGUAGUUGUUGAUAUUCGUGAGUUUUACACUAAGGAUGGCAAGGAAUUGCCUGGUCGCAAAGGUAUUUCACUCACCAUGGAUCAGUGGAAGAUACUCCGUGAUCAUGCUGAGGAUAUUGACCAGGCUGUUGCUGAGAACUAGUACGUUGGCGUACAACAGUAUUUUGUCGAUAUAGUUGAUGGAUGUUAGAUUCGGGGCUGUCAUAUUUUGCUAGCUAGGCUCGGUAUAGCUAUUAGUAGUACUCUUAGCUAAUAUUCGGUAUGUAUGUAUGUUUGAAAAAAGCGAUGCUGUCUCGCGACUGCGUGUAGUCUACCUGUUUAUGAAUUAUGGAUGGCUACAAAUUGCUGUGCUGAAUUGGUACUGUGGUAGUCUAUAUGUGGUUUGCUUAUAUCUAGCUUGCAAUUUACUAAUUUAGAAAUAUUUGAUGCUUAAA